UUUUGAUAUGCGAAGAAGUUCGGCGAUGCCCAGCCACACAGGAUUCUUCAACUUGGCUGAAUUUCACGGAAUACGAGCAGGGUCGCUGUGCUGAAAAGUCACGCAUGAGCGAUCAGCAUUGCCUUAACAGGCUUAUGUAGUACUACGUAUGUGGCCCAGUUUGACAACUCAGUAUCUUGCAUCACGUUGCAAGCUCCCUAUUCUGCAUUAUCAAAAGCAUCUUUGAAAGUGCUUUGAAAGACACUGACUUUUCAUAGGAAAAAAUCCGUUUAUGCCAGAGACGUUGCAUCCUAAGCAGAUAUGGUUGUACGAGUGUAGCCUAUUUAUAUUAGUGUGGAUGUAACAUGGCUUCAACAACACUAAUUGCGUCUCCAGAAGCGCAGAGAAUUUUCAGACAUGAAUACCUUGUGUCACAUUUGGGAAGGAAGGUUGUGUUUAUGAUAUUCCAAAAAUGUUUUCUCCACGGACACACCGACACAAUCUUGGAUAUUCUCAUGGAAAAUGGCAUAGCAACUCACGAGAAAAUAUUCAACAUAGAAGAAAUAAACAGUCUUGGUUGUAAACAUCCACAGUCGUAUGGCGUCACGCUGAUGAAUAAAAUCUGCCAAUUUCUUUGGCUGAAAGGAGUUAAUGACCCUGGCGAUGAACUGAAACAAUUAGUGGGAAAAAUAAAAGCCGAGAGGGAAUGUGUUAGCCAUGAAGAAGGUAUGUCAGAGAACGAUUUGGUAAAUAAAAUCCAAGAGUUUCAACGACUACUCGAGGAAACUCUUGACAAAACCAAGUCUUUCCUUCCAGUUCAUGGUGUUGAGAUUGAUGAACUCAAAGCAGAGAUCGGGGCUGCUGUCCCAGAGCUAAUGGGAAAGAUCUGUGUAAAAUAUGAUACCUCAAAACGAGAGGACGUGGAGACCAUUAAGAAGGAAAUGGGAGUUUUUUGGAGAGAGUGUCGUGACCUAGUACAAAAGCGCGUUGAAGAGGAAUUCUGGCCUCUUUACAAAACACUCUGUCAGAUUUCGCCCUUUGACUUGCUAGCUAAGCAUGUCACUCAAGACCCAAGUAAUUUCAUUCUUUCCUUAAAAGUGGACACUGAUUCGCGGUUCAAUCGAAAUUUCCGUGGCAUAAGAGGCACCAUUGUAAAUCAGCAAGAAAUCUUCAACCAAAAUAAACUGGGAGAUGACCCUGAGGUUGUGAUUAUAUCUGGUGAUGCAGGUUCUGGAAAGACCACAAUUCUUUGUUCCUUUGUAGAGAAAUGGUAUAAGAAGAUAAAUGAUAUACCACAAUUCUUAUCCUUCCAAGUUGUCCUCUAUAUACAGUUUAGAAAUCACGAACACGACAAAUUUGAAGACUACAUUAAAAGUUUGCUGAAAGAGACUGUAAAGCAUUAUGAUCUCAGUAUGGUAGUGUCACAUAUCAUCAUUUCGAAAUGCCUAGUACUUUGUGAUGGGUAUGACGAGGCUAAUGAGAAUUCCAAGAAACUCUUUGAAGACAUGUUAACAUAUCCCUGGGAGGAUGUAAAGAUUGUCGUGACAACACGUCCGUGGAAUGCGUUGGAUCUAACAGAUGUUGUGGCGUCCUUACAGCGUAGAAGAGUCAACCUCAAAGUUUUGGGUAUUCAGGAAAAACAGUUCAAUUCGGUCAUCGAAAACAUCUCGGGCUGCCUGUUGCAUGAUGACCAAGAAAGGGAAAAAAUCAAAACGGGGCUGUCUCAGAAAAUAGCAGAAAUGAGCUAUAGGACUAAAGCAUUGGUGAAAACACCACUACUUUUUAACAAGUUCGUUUUUAUUUACGUUGAGAGUCCAGAUGAAAGGCAUGAACUGAACACCAAGGCAUCACUUCACUUACAGUUGAAAAAGAACUUGGCCAAGAGAAUCUUAGAGGCGACAGGAAUCUCUGAACAAUCACUGGAGGAAUUCGAUGAAUUAUACAGAAAAUGGUCUCUGAAAUAUUACAUCGAGAAAAAAAUUGAGUGGACAGAGAGAGAUGUGAGAAGCCUUAAAGAGGAGAUUAGAUCUCAAAUUAGCUCUCAAGAUGUACUGGAAAACUUUCAUGCCAUCAUGUCAUCCUAUUUCUCCAUAAAGCAGAUGUAUGAUGGUCCACAGAUUGUCAACUUAUACUGCUACGGCCACAGAAGUGAGCAGGAAUUUGCAAUUGCAGUCGACCUCUGUGAUGAGAUAUCAGCUCGAAUGCAACAAGGAGGAGACUCUCCUCUAGAUGCGGCACUGCAGUCAAAAGGGUUAACCAAAUCUUCAGUUUUUGAUGACAAAGACGUGUUUAAGGAAUUAAUAGGCGUCAUUUCCUUCAUACCAGGAAUACUCUACCAGAAAUACCCCAAGAGUGAUGCAUUAUACAACCAAAUAAAGGUCAUUCAAAAACUCUAUGUCACAUACAGCCUCACUCAAAACAUGCAUGAUGAGGUCUUGGAACCAUGCAUUGAAACUAGACUGGACGAUCAAGUUUUGCAGUCCCACGCGUCACUAUUGGGAGAAACGCAUCUGAAGAAGAACAUCAGAUUCAAGAGAGUAGAUAGUUACUUCGCCCUGCCACCCUUAAUGUCGCUACUGAAGCCCCGGCGUCUUGAACUUGAAGAAAUAGAGAGAGAUCUUUCGAAGCUCAACGUAAUACUAGCAUCUACAGUCCUUCAUGAAAUUCCCACUAGGAUUAUGGUGUGGAUCGAUUUACAAGACUGUGAAAAAUUUACAGGAGAGAUUUCGCAUUCUGUGGAUGAAUUAAGAGUUGACCUUCUCAAUUUCGGGAACAAAAUUGAGGACGAGAGAUCUUAUCCCACCUCUCUCAUGAAACUAUCGGGGACUCUGACGGUGAUUUACCAUGUGCAGACACUCAACUCCACACGUGCUGCCGAAAUCGUGAACAGGACCUACCCGACAUUCCGGAAUGGAGUCUGUGAUAAUGCCUACAUGCUAUCAAACAAAGCUGUUGACAUCCGUGACCUAAUCCAUCAGCUGACCAUUGCGCCUCUGAGGUCAGUGGGUGUUCAAGCGCGCCGUGAGGAUGUUGGUUUUGAAGACUUGCAUGAGUACUGCGAAAAGGAGGGACUCGGAUAUUUGUCCAUUUUAGAAUAACGAGAGUGGAGUUAGAGACUACAGCUUUAAGGAAGACAGUGAUGUUGGUGAAGACCUGGAGACAUAUUGCAGGAAAGAAAAAGAGAAAGAAAGCUGACUGUUGGUUCUUGAGAAAGUCUUUCGUAAAAUACAAAUCCUCAUAGAGAGAGAGAGAGAGACACCUGUACUAACCAUGCCAAUGGAAAGCCCACGGAGGAUCGUUAUCAUCAGCAAGUCCUCCCCUAAACCUGGGAAAAUAAGGAAAAGUCCACCACGAAGGCCGUGCAGGAAAACAGACUCCAUCAGGGAAGAUUUGCGUUCAUUCUCUCGCUCAGGGAAAAGGCACCAGACCAGGACCCACAACGUUAUUACCUGCAGCUGCAGACCUCCUACUACGCACCAGAAGAGACGGAGGAGGAGAGGAACCCCACGACUGAAAAACUGUUUUGGCCAAAUGUGUCCCAUUUUCAGUCCCCUUUCCUUUUGUCUGCUAAACUCUGAAUUUCUCAUGAAAAGCCCCUUUGAGUCUUCAGAGCAUCAAAUGAGCAGGUCUGCACAACUGCUGUUUGUCAGGUGUUGCUUGUAACAGACUGAUUUAGUGAAGUCAAUGACAAAAUCAAAUUCAUAUACCCUUAGGAUUAAGUGCCACGGGUCAAUUGUGAAUUGUAAUUAUCCCAUUCGAGAUGUAACUUUCCAACUGAAACAAAACUGUCAAGAUUUGGCUGUCUUCAGCUUAGACUGGUCUGAUGCCUCUGACAGAGUUCAUAUGGAUUUUGUCUUUAAAGUAACGAAGAAAUUUGGUUUACCAGAUGGAUUUGUGGAUCUAGUUCGAGUUUUGUCUAAGGACUGUCAAAGUCGUAUUUUUGUAAAUGGCUUUAUGAGUUUCCCCUUUUGUGUGGAAAGAGAUCUGCAAGACAGGGCUGCCCUAUGUCAUUGCUGUUAUAUUGUAUAUUUUAAGAACCUUUAUGUAGGGCAAUAACGAGUAAUGACAAAGUAACAGGGCCAAGCCUUCCUCCACUUUUGGACACUGCAAAAUGGUCUAGGAGAGCAUCAACAAACCUUUCAUUGGGACCUGUCACGGAAAGGGAGUCUCCUUUAAAUAUGCUCCUGGAACAUUAGUGAUAAAGGUGUUAAUUGUGAAGAUGUUGAAUACAUAUUGCAGAUAUUUCAUUUUUGUAGUCACAUAAAAACAACAUUGACAUACUUCAAAAGUGAGCGAUUCAAUACAUGUAAAAUAAACAGAGACAAUUUUUAAAGACAUUACUGCUCAGUUUCAAUUAUAGGACGAAAAAGGAUUAUAAUAGUGCCACUGUAUUAGUUGUAAUGUAUUCAUAUGGUGUUUGGGUCAGUCAAAAGAAAUAUGACACAAAAGAGGAAACAGAUGCCUCUGUUAAGAGCAAGUUUCGUGACGACAGUUGGCUACUAAAACACUCACAAACAAAGAAUAGGUAAUGUUUUCACAACAGAGUACUACAUUAAUUACCAUUUUUGAGUAGCCAGUGUAACUUUGUAAGUAACAGUACAGUGAUUAUGAUGUUUUACUGUGUUAUAUAAUUCAUUAAAGGUUGAAAUGGCAAUGAUAGAAAAAGAGAAAGAAAAGAAUGGUUGUUGGUGUAAGUCUCAUUCUGAGCGGUUUGCACUGUGGAAUGUGUCAGCAUCAUCAGAUUUGUGCCUCGUCAAGAGAGAGGAUGGGAGUGUUGUCUCCCUCCUUGAUUGGAGCCAGUUCUGUUUUUGCAUUCUUUGGCAAGACUAACUGACUACAGUUACGAUGUCAACGACUUUUGUGUUUUGUGUAUAAUAUAUUGCUAUGUAUAAUAUAUUGCUAUUUUUUGUGUACCUUGUGUUACUAUUUGUUGUGAUGAUUUUGUACAUUAUUAAACAUUGACAUCAUUCUUUAGUAGUUGGAAAUACAAGUGAUAAUAGGAAUAUGAUAUAGGCCAUCAUAUUUGUACGUGAUUUUAAGUAAAUUCUGUUAACCAAA